GAAUGCAACAAUCAGAGGGAGUGUUGUGUCAUGCUAAUGUGAUGCUCAAAUAUUAGAAAAAUCCUUAAGAAACACCCGAGGAAACAAUUGGCGGACAUACAACACAGCGAUAGGGUGGGGCAUGUCGAAUAGAGUGACAUUCCUUGCAGUUUGAGAGUUAGAGGUAAGCAGCUGCGACUCUAGAAGUGCCACACCAUGGAGGCGGUCCUGAGCAGGUUGAAACAUCUGACCGACAAUGAGCUUCGGCAGGAGUUCCUGAGCGCCGGUCUGAAGUGUGGACCUAUCACCGGCACCACCAGGGGCACCUUCGAGAGGAAACUGGCACGGAAACUCCUGGAGAGCCAAGCUUCAGAGGUUGGAGAGACUGAAACGGACCGCCCCAGCAGUGAUGAGGCCAGAGGAGGCACCAACAACAGCAGCAGCAGCAGCACCACCACCAGCAGCAGUGUGGUGGAUGUGGUGACUUGUGAAGGUUCACAAAAGAGUGGGGAAUGUGACUCCAUUUGCACCCAGGAGCAGAAGACCUCCCCUCCUUCAGGAUUUGGCAGUCCCCAGGGAGGGGAGGAGAACAGGGCAGAGAAGAAUCAGUCAUCUCUCCCCAAGGCCCCCACCCAUUACUAUGGAGUUUGUCCACCUCUGGACUCACCAGGAAGAGAAGAUACCGUCCAUGUGUACACAGACCAGAAGAAAGCCCUGGAUGCCGUCUUGAAGAUGAAAGGUGCCCGGUUUAAAGUGUUUGCCUGCCGGGAAGAUGCGGAGAAGUUUGCCACGGCUGCGUCCGAAGGCUCCUCACCACUAAGGACUCAAGGGUCGGAAACCCGGGAGACAUCAAACAGUGUCACCCAUAGCGCUCUGAAUGUGGAGAAGCCGGCAAAUGAGUUCAAGAGUCCGCACACCCAGGACCUGACUGGGAAGUUCAGGAGCGCGGUGGAGAAGGGAGAUGAGGAGACCUUCUGUCAGCUGGUUUGGGAAAACCCACGCUACCUUAUUGGGUCCGCAGACAACCCCACCAUUGUUCAGGUGGGGUGCAGGUACAACGUUCUGCACGUGGCCGCGAAGGAGAACCGUCCUCAGAUGGUGCAGCGGGUUCUGGAGACGCUGGAGAACCCCGAGUUCAUGCGCCUGAUGUACCCGGAGGACCAGGAGAGCAUGCUGUGGGACCGCAUGCACUACAUCGUGGACCUCUACCUGAACAUGCCCGAUAAACAAAACAACGAGACACCUCUCCAUUUUGCAUGCAAGUUUGGAUGCCCAGAAGUGGUCAAUGUGCUCUGCUCCCACCCGGCCAUUGAUAAGGAGCACAGGAACAAGUACAAGAAGAAGCCUGCCGAUGUGAUAUGUGAAAGGAACAAAAACAAAGCCAAAGAAACAAAGAUCUCAGAGUACUUGGAGGAUCGUUUCUACGUUCCCUUGCUGCGGGCGGCAGACAACACUCUGCAGCCUGUGAUUGGCAGCCCCUGGUCUCCAUCUCAGGGGCCCCUGUCUGACAGCACCCUGGGCCACCACCACCACCACGAGGGAGUGGGGACGCCCAGAGAUCCCACCAUGACCCUCACCGCCUUCGCUGGCCCUCUCACUGCCUCCAAGGCUGAUGAGUUCCACAAGCUAUGGAAGACUCCACCAAGGCAUCGGGCGAAAUACUUCCAUGGCAUUCUGAAGUCUGAUCCCGAACGGGGAGCUGAACGGGUCGGAAGGGAGUUGGCCCACGAGCGUGGCUACCCUUGGUCCGAGUACUGGGAGUUCCUGGACAGCUUUGCGGAUCUGUCAGUGCAGGAGGGCCUGGACAUAUUGGAGGCCUACCUACAGUGCAAGAGCUGCAGCCCCACCCACUGGGACUCUGACGAGAAGAAGAAGACGACGACGGGGGUCAACAACAGGGACUAUGCCACAUUGUCCUCUAAGUCCUGUAGUGUGGUGGCCAUUUGCAACACCACUGCGAAUGAGGCAGACAAGGAAGAUGCCUCCCUUCACAGACACAAGAGUGACACAAGCCUCACCCAGGCCAAAGACACUCCCACAUCUGAGCACAGUUUGUCUGGCUCCUCUUCAGCCCCUGUCCGUAACCUGUUGUCAAAGUUUGACAGUGUUUCCACCCCAGGAAGCUCUGUUUCCACCAACAACAAAAAGGUAGGAGUUAAGAAAGAAGCUGAAAAACAAGGAAGUGCAUCGCUGAGAAGCAUGCGAGACCUGGGCCAAUCUGAUUCAGGGAUCGAAGGCCUGGACCAAUCAGAGUCUGGGCUAGCAUGUUCGAACCAAUCAAAAUCCGAGGAGGAGGAGGGGCUUGAUUUGAGCAAUCCAGGUUUCUGGGGGAGCUGGUGGCAAAUGAAGCGGCGGACGCCGGAUCAGGUUGAUGGACCGGACCAAUCCAGCACCACCAGCUCAGCUGAGUACCAGACGGCGGACGAGGACAGUGGGGACGGGGACGAGGUUGCCGUGGACACCACCUGCCUUGGCAACAGGAGGACGGGGCCCAGCACCGGAUCCACCUGCUCCUCAUACAAGUCUGUGCAGAGCUCCGGCUACCUGGACACCUCCAGUGACCACAGCCAAAUCUUUGUUGGGGAUUCGCCCACCAGCCUGGACAAUGAAGUGCUGUCAGCAAUGGAAGGCAUCCAGAUUGACCCUCAGAAAUAUCCGUCCAUUACGCAAUGGAGGAGUGCUGUGGAAGCCUAUCCAGCUAAACUGAGGCAAAGGUAG